GGGGUGCCAGGCGCGCCAGCCAAUCAGGGGCGCGCGCCCGUCCCCCUGCCGGGUCUGGCGGGGCCCGGCGCCCAGCGCCCACGCCGCCCCGGGUGGCAGUUCCCGUUAACCUUAGCCUCAAAGUCAAAGAGUGCCAGGGAAGGCCGUGCUGAGGAGGUGAUCCCUAAAAGAGGAGAGUGGGGCCAUGCCAAGAUCUGAGACAGAGCACCCCAUGCAGAGGGGCAGCCAGUGCAAAGCCCGAGGCUUCUGAGCAGCAUGACCUGUCCCCCAUCAUGUUCCAGGCACAAGGAACCAUCAGGAAAUGUUCUAACAACUGGAGCAUUCACCAACCAGACCGAGUCAGGGCACCGUGCUGAUGCCGUGGGUCCCCCGGGAUGGAGAGCAGCCUGGCUGGUGCCAGCACAGGAAACCGGUUGGUGAUGAAGAUCAAGCAAGAGAAGCCAGAGUGGCUGCUGCAGACGCUGGCGCCGCCGGCCGCGCUUUCCAAGGACAAGGAAAACAUUUUCCAGCAGCCCCUGGGCCUCCCACCAUGCCAGACUUUGGGGAAACCCCGAUCCUUGGGGGGACAGGAGGAGACUGGGGGUCCCAGGUGGACCCCUCCCACUGAGCAGGAUGCUGGGCUGGCAGGCCAGGUUCCGGGGGCAGCCCCCGGCCCCCUGAGCCCUGUUCUGUCUGCCCGCGAGGGUCAUUUCGUGUGCCUGGACUGCGGGAAGAGGUUCAGCUGGUGGUCGUCCCUGAAGAUCCACCAGCGCACCCACACCGGGGAGAAGCCUUACCUGUGCGGCAGCUGCGGCAAGAGCUUCAGCCAGAAGCCCAACCUGGCGCGCCACCAGCAGCAGCACACGGGCGAGCGGCCCUUCCGCUGCCCCGAGUGCGCCAGGCGCUUCAGCCAGAAGCAGCACCUGCUCAAACACCAGAAGACCCAUGCGCGGCCCGCCACCUACUCGUGCCCCGAGUGCGAGCGCUGCUUCCGCCACCCGGUGGGCCUCCGCAUCCACCAGCGCGCGCACGCCCGGGACCGCCAGGGCGCCCGCGCCGGGCUGUGGGAGCUGCUCCGGGAAUCCGCGGCCUGCGGGGGCCGUCGACUGCGUCCGGGGCCGCCGCGGGGGCGCCCCGAGUGGGCCUGGCUGGGGCUCUUCCAGGGCUGGUGGCGCCAAGUGGGGGCCCAGACCGCCGUUAUGGGGCCCGGCGAGCAGCGCCAGUUCAUCUGCAGCGAGUGCGGCAAGAGCUUCGCGUGGUGGUCGUCGCUGAACAUCCACCGGCGCAUCCACACGGGCGAGCGGCCCUACCCGUGCCCCGAGUGCGGCCGCCGCUUCAGCCAGAAGCCCAACCUGACGCGGCACCUGCGCAACCACACGGGCGAGCGCCCGCACCCCUGCCCGCACUGCGGCCGCCGCUUCCGCCAGAAGCAGCACCUGCUCAAGCACCAGCGCACGCACCUGCCGGGCGCCCGGGCGGCGCGCUGCCCCGUCUGCGGCCAGAGCUGCCCCGGCCGCGCGGCGCUGCGGGCCCACCAGCGCGCGCACACCGGCGCCGCCGCUGCCCGGUCGCCGGGCCCCGAGCCGCAGGCCCGCGUCCCCCAGGGCCGGUCGGCGCCCCCGCACAGCCCCCCAUCGGCCCGGCGACCCGCGGACGUGCGAUGGUGCCGCGCGCGGGAGGACCUGGUGGGGCCCGGGGAGCAGCGCCAGUUCAUCUGCAGCGAGUGCGGCAAGAGCUUCGCGUGGUGGUCGGCGCUCACCGUCCACCGGCGCAUCCACACGGGCGAGCGGCCCUACCCGUGCCCCGAGUGCGGCCGCCGCUUCAGCCAGAAGCCCAACCUGACGCGGCACCGGCGCAACCACACGGGCGAGCGGCCCUACCGGUGCGCCGCCUGCGGGCGCAGCUUCAGCCAGAAGCAGCACCUGCUCAAGCACCAGCGCGUGCACCUGGAGACCCUGUCGCCCACCCCCAGCGUCAAGGUCGAAGCGCUUUAGUGGACCUGGACCCGAGGGGACCCGCGUGGGGUGUUUGCGGGGGUGCCUGUGGGGAGUGGCCAGAAUGGUGGCUUUUAGCACCCCAGGGGGUAAGACCCUAUCACAAGGCUCUGAAGGUCUGAGGACAGAAUUCCAGAAGUACCCCAAAGGGAGACCGCAAAAAGGUCCCCGUGGGCUGAGGGAGGAGGGGGGAUCAGGCAUUCUUCACCCUGGAGCUGGGAUGUGUCCCUGACAGGUUGAGGGCCAACCCCGUAAACUUCCUUAGAGGUGGGACCCCAGCCCUCAGGCACCAGGUGGGGGCCUUUUGGGGGCUGAAGGAGAGGUUCCCUGGCGUGAAAUGGCCCAGGUCUGGACUGGUCAGCGGUAGUGUCGCCUGCCACACACAGGCGAGGGAGGGGCGCCCAGCACUUCGUGGCCAUUCAACACAUAGUUUUGGAAGGAGUGAGUGGUUCUGUGGCCCUCAACCGUGAUUUGCCCCACUGCGAGGGUGCUGUUAUGGCUCGCCUGUCCCAAGGACGGGAAUGUGGGAGACGGUCAGGGGCUGGGGCACAAGGGGUGUGGUCUCAGCCGAGGUUUGGUGGCUUGGGAAGGUCCUGCAGCAAGGAAGAGCCAAACCUACUGCUCCCACUCGGUGGGCCUGGGGCAUGCGGAUGACUGACUUGGCUCCUUAUCAUGGCAGCGUUACAGAAGAGGAAAAUGAAGGCUUGACCAUCUCACAUGGUCUCAUUGUCUUUCUUUCUUUUUUAAAUAUAUUUUAUUGAUUUUUCACCAAGAGGAAGGGAGAGAGAUAGAGAGUUAGAAACAUCGAUGAGAGAGAAACAUCGAUCAGCUGCCCCCUGCACAUCUCCCACUGGGGAUGUGCCCGCAACCCAGGUACAUGCCCUUGACCGGAAUCGAACCGGGGACCCUUCAGUCCGCAGGCCGGCACUCUAUCCACUGAGCCAAACCGGUAUCGGCUCAUUGUCUUUUUUAAGCUUCCCUUCCUGAUCUCCGAUCUCUGAUCUCCGGGUCUCUGUGUGCUCUGAGGGUCAUUUGCCCCAGGACCAGGGUAAGGAGCUUUGGCCACGAGCAGAGCACCUGCCCACACCCAAUUCUCUUUCCCUCUUCCAAUACAAUUCAUCUCUUUCCACAUGUUCCCCUCAACCUGCAGCCCCCAAGAGUCACUCCUCAUGCUUUCCCAAAGCCGAACCCAGGGCUCCAGCCCAGCUGUCGCUUGGACUAUAUUUUCCCACAGGAGAGAGGGGUGGGUGUUGGGGUGCUAGGGUUGGAUAGGUGGGAGGGAAAAGAGGGGACCUUGCUAAUUCUGGAGGAGGAUGAACUAUGUGUACCUGCCUCCCAGGGCUUGUGGGGUCCUCUGAACUCACAGAUGUGUUUCCUUUUCCAGGACCUGGCUGUGUUCACCCUGGCUUCUGGUUACCCCUCUUUCCAGGUUUUGUUUAAUCCCUUUCAUCUGGCAGGAGUUCUAAUUGUAGCAUCACAGAAAGACCUGUGGAGGUGAGGACUCAGCUUAGCUGGGGAACACAGUGCUGAUAAUGGUUAGUGUUCAGCCAGGGCUCUGACUCGUGGUCCCGGUCUUUGAUCAUAAACCAUGCAGUGUGAAAUCUCACGACCAUGCAGGGUAUGCCCAUCCUUCAAUCAGCUCUCAGGACCAGGCAGAAGCCAAAUCAGAAGGGUUUUCCUAGGCCCCCCUCUCUGACCCACACCAGCCCGAAGUGCUCCCCUUUCUCCCUGUAAUGCCUGCCUGGCUCCUCCCCCAGACAGUAGGUUUGGAUCUCAUCAAAACCCACUUUAGCCUGGCCAGUGUGGCUCAGUGAUUGAGCAUUGACCUAUGAAGCAGUAGUUCACGUGUGUUGGGCAGGACACAUGCUCGGGUUGCAGGCUCGAUCCCCAGUAGGGGGUGUGCAGGAGGCAGUCAAUCCUCGAUUCUCAUCAUUGAUGUUUCUCUCUCUCCCUUCCUCUCUGAAAUCAAUAAAAACAAAAACAACAACCCCAAACCUACCUUAACCAUGGGGAAGGCUCAAGAGUCCUUUGCUUCUUCCUCUUUGCUUCUUCCUCUUUGCCACUUAUCAAAUCCGGAGACCAACUCAAGUGAGCCCACCUACUCCAGAAAGGCAUCCUAGAAUACCAUGCCUAGAGAGCACUGUCUGCAAGGACGGACCUGCAGAAGCGCUGGAGCCCGUGGAAGCAGGUGCCUGAGGGGCAGGGCAGGCACAUACUGCAGAGACAGGCAGGGGAAUUUCUGUACCAUAGCUUGUUAUCUUCCACAAGUGGCCUGUGUUCAGUGAUCAAAUCAAACAGCUGUAUUGGUAGGACUUGGGGUUAAUGAGGCCUAAUCACAGAUUUUUCCCUCCAAGCGAAAUCAUGAGGAUGCCUCUUCACUGACCCCAGGUGACGGAUUCUCUCACCAAUGGGUGCUUUGGGUCACAAUGGGGAUAGGGCCAAGCCCAUCAGAGGUGCAUGACCUGUUGACCAGGACAGGGGAUGGCACACAUUGACCCAUUAACCAAGCCUCCUGUGUGACAGGCACUGUGUCAGACUUCAGGGAUGCUGUGAUGCAUAAGCCACUGUAUCAGUCAGCUUGGGCUGCCAUAAUAAAAUACCACUGGGGGCUUACCCAACGCAGUCUGGAGGCUGAGAAGUUCAAGGUCAAGGUGCUGGCAGAUUUGGUCCCUGGUGAGAGCUUCCUGCCUUGCAGAUGACGACC